AUUAAUACUAAUUUUUUAUUGGCGUAUAUUAAGUUCCUUGCUAUGUUGGCCACGUAUGAUUUUAAAAUUACGCCAGACUCUAUGUAUAUAAAGUAUCUUAUGUAAGUGAUGAUUAUAAAAAAUCUUUGGUCUCUAACACAAAAGGAAGCUAAAUAAGAUGAGGACAUAUUUAAUUGUUGUCGGUGCUCUACUGUGCUUUCUGAACAGUGCCUGCGCCAUUGACAUCUAUGGCUUAAGCUACAACUAUUUCGAUGAAAUGGCCCAGACCUAUUGCGCUUCAAAAAGUGACGGGUGGGUGUUCAGUUUGCGACGUGAUUGCGCCGGCGUGGCUCCAACGUGUAACGACAUCUGUGCGUCAGCAUCAGGCGAAAUUCUUAGAACGAUAUCAAAUCAACGAAACAAGGUUGCGUGUUUCGAUGCAUUUAACAUUAACAAAGGCCACAAUCAACUGCGAGCUAACCCAGCUAAUUCGCAGCCGGACGCAGGAAAAGUCAGUUUCGCCACCUAUGGUUAUGGUUCCGGCGGAUGUACCUGGACACCGAAUCACUGUGGACCAAACUAUUGCUGUUGCCAUGCGUUCUAGUAGAACACAGUACAAUCGGCAAAGUUUUCGGACUUCGAUUAUUAUUGAUUUAGAUGAGUGUCGCUUAAAUGCAAUUUGCAACGUUUUACUACUGUUAAUUUAUGGACAAAUUAUGCAUAAAAUGUAGCUACACGAUGUUCAAAGUUUGACGUAAUACUUUCUGUAUGUUUUGGAGCUUAAGAUAAAAUAAGUUGUAAAAAUAUAAGGCACACAAUGUGUGUGACUUUCAAAACAGUAUAUAUAGUAAAUAAUAUAGUAAAUAUGCGUCUUAAAAGUUCUACAACACGGAUUGU